UGCCGUGCAACCGACUGCAUAUAUUUAGACAGAUGUAUACAGAUGAGAGUUUCGAAAUAAUUUAGAACUGGUACGCGCGAAGAUUUGGCGAAUAUGCUCUGGUUAUCGAUGGUACUCAUGGCCGCCCAUCUGGGCAUCAGUUACGCCAGCAGCAAAUCCUGCGUGUGCUGGGAAGGAUACAAGGCCGACUACGGCGAAAACGGGGCACAGUGCGUAGCGCUCGAUCAGUUCCACAUCAUGCCCUGCAACAUGGCCAAGGCCCCCAAGUGUCAAUGUUCGGGACGGGUGAGCAGCAUCCUCAAGGAUCGGACAGGGACAUGGUGUACGAGAUACAGGCGAGGGCAAGAACUGAUGCGCUGGCCAUGUGAGAAUAUGCAGGAGUGGGAUGAAUUCUUCAAAAAACAUCCAGACUUCAUUUAAACGUUUUAUUAAAUUUUUUUUGUGUGCCAA